AUGACGGUCGCUUCUUUGCGGCAAGAGCAAACUGAGUCUCUCAGUGAUGCUGAGAAGAAGUAUGAAAUGUUUCUCGAGUGGGCACGGCAUAAUGGCGCAUACUUUCACCCUUCACUGAGAUUCGUCGUCACACUGAACCGGGGUGCCGAAGUGCUGGUCACCGGCCAGGCUAUCCAACCUUUCGAAACGCUUUUUAAGGUCCCCUACGGCAUCAGUCUAUCCUACUUCAAUGCCGUUUCUGGAGGUGUUCCUGGCUCGCCCUAUCUGCCUCACUUAGAGCCGUUGCCGGAAGAGUAUUUGCAGAUACUUGUUGGGUACAUCCAAAUCCUUCCUCAGCCCGACGAUACCAAGGACAGUGCCAUCCCUCUGCUGUGGUCAGAAAAGGACCUUUUGUGGCUCCGAGGCACGUUUCUAGAGGAGGCUGUAGCCAAUCAGAAAACAGACCACAUCAAGCGGUGGACUGAGGCUGUGGAGACUCCAGAAAUACGGCUGGGAUGCGUCCCAAUUCACCUUUGCAGGGAACUUGGCCUCUGGGCAUACUACUGCUUCUACUCCAGAUAUUUCUGGUCCAUCAUUCUCGAACCGGACAUUGCCAACAUCAAGCCCGAGUUCCAACAUCUGGUCAAGGCUGGUGUGAACUUGGAUGACACAGCAAAGAUUCUACUUCCCAUUCUUGAAACCUUGAACCAUGCCCAAGAGACAAACACCGAGUAUGACUUGGAUGACAAAUGCUUGUCUGUAAGCAAGAACAUAGAACUAAAACCGGGCGAUCCGUUUUACAUUGCCUAUGACAAGAAGACACAGAGAUUCGAUAACACGGUUUUGUUGAAAGACUUUGGGUUUGUUCUUCCAGACAAUGAGGCCGCGGAACUCGUGCUGUCCUCUCCUUUCGAUCUCACCAGACCAAUGCACCCGGACCACUGUGUCUUCAGCUCUGCUGCCACAGUUGACGACCCUUACUGGACUUCUGAGGACAAAUAUCUUUCUCUUCUCACUGUGAGGUCUCCAUCGCUUGACCGUCGCGGCCCUAUCAACCCAGACCACCCUGUGAGGUGGUUGAGGCACUUUAACCCAACCUUCGUGUCGAUGGUGUCUCUUAGAGAAGCCAACCUUCGCGAAAGAGCCACAAUGAGAUUGGAGCCACAGGAGAUUCCUUUAGGCAGAAAUGUGCGAGCCACGGUCCAGUUCAUAUGCCGGUGUUUGCGUGCUAUGAGGAGGGAGAUUGAUCGACACGGAAGAACACUGGGAGAACCCCAAGAUGAAAGACAACAGCGAGCCUAUGCGUAUAGACAGGAGCAAAGGGCGGUCCUUGAUGAGGUUUUUCGGGACCUUUAA